GUCCGUCCGUCCGUCCCUACCAAACACUUCCGUCCUGUCGCAGGAUGGCGGCAGCACAGGCAGAGCACGCCUUGGGGUCGCCGUCGCCGCCGCCACCGCCGAGUCAAGGCACGAAGAGGUCGCACCAUCAGUCGGAGCAGCACCAGAACGACAACGACAACGACAACGACAAUGCGAAUGCGUCGAGUGACAGUGACGAUGACCUGGGUCCCGCCCUGCCGUCGGCGGAAGCACCCAGGAAGAAGCGGCGACGACUGCCAUAUGAGAGGCAGCAUGUCGCCGCUCUGCCCUCCGCCACCCGUUACGCCCGGUCGCUGAUGCACCGCGACCAACUCUCCGCCUGCACCUUCACCCCGCACACCGACUUCCUCGUUACCACCUCCGUCGACGGCUAUGUCAAGUUCUGGAAGAAGACGUCCGGCGCCAUUGAGUUUGUCAAGGAGUACAAGGCCCAUGACGGCGACAUCAAGAGUGUCACCGUGAGCGCCGACGGGCGGAGCUAUGCCACUGCGGGACUCGACAACACCAUCAAAAUCUUCGAUGUGGCCACUUUUGAUCUGCUGGCCAUGCUGGAGCCACGAAAACCGCCCAAGGCCAUCUGCUUCGUGCAUGGCCACGGCACUUCGUUUCCCCUGCUCGCCGUGUCGAACGAGGCCGAUGGUGGCAUCAAUAUCUACGAUGGCCGAGGCGAGAAUCCCGAUCCCAUGCACACCAUUGCCUCCCUCCACCGACACUCCGUGCAUAUCAUGACGUACAAUAACGCGUACGACUGUGUCUUGUCCGCUGAUGAAAGUGGUAUGCUCGAGUACUGGCAGCCCUCGGCUCCUUUCGGAAAACCGAGUAAUGUGUGGGAUAUGAAGAGCGCUACCAACCUGUUUGACUUCAAAAAAGCAAAGGCCGUUCCGUCCUCAAUCUCGAUAUCCCCGUCGGGGGAACAAUUUGCCACAUUCUCAUUUCCAGACCGCAAGGUCCGCAUCUUCCACUUUGCCACCGGCAAGCUGCAUCGCACGUACGAUGAAAGCAUAGCUACUAUCAACGACAUGCAGCAAGCGGGAACUUUGAGCGCGACCCCGCUAGAUGCCAUCGAGUUCGGUCGCCGAAUGGCUGUAGAGCGAGAGCUCGACCAUCCUGCACUUCGAUCACGAUUCAACGUCAUCUUUGAUGAAAGUGGCCAUUUCAUUCUCUACGGUAGCAUCCUGGGCACCAAGGUCAUCAAUACCUUCUCGAAUCGUCUCGUCAAGCUCUACGGCCGUGACGAACCCUUUCGCCCUCUCCAUCUCGCCCUCUAUCAAGGCCAGCCCGACAAGAAAGCCUUCACGACGGUCCAAAUGGCUGCGUCCGAAAAUCCCCUCCUUGCAGAGGCAGCUGCACGAGACGCCAUGCUGGUCGCGACAGGAUCGGGCAAAGUCCGCUUCUACAUGUUCACAAACGAUGACGGUGUAUCCAAAUCGGAUCGAGACAUCCACAACGAGAAACCUCGCACGAUAGGCACGAACAAGAAGAAGGAGGAGGCGGAGCGCGAGGCCAAUAUGGGCACCACUGCCACCAUCCACACGACCAUGGGCGACAUCAGCAUCCGCAUGUUUCCUCAGCACGCACCCAAAGCCGUGGAAAACUUCACUACGCAUUCCAAGAACAACUAUUACAAUGGCAUCAUCUUCCAUCGCGUGAUUCGCAAGUUCAUGAUACAGACGGGCGACCCGUUAGGUGACGGCACAGGCGGGGAAUCCAUUUGGGGGAAAGAAUUCGAAGAUGAGUUUACGCCGGAACUGAGGCAUGACAAGCCGUACAUGGUCAGUAUGGCGAAUGCAGGGCCCAAGACGAAUGCGUCGCAGUUCUUCAUCACGACCGAGAGGGCGCCGUGGUUGGAUGAUAAACACACCAUUUUUGGGAGGGUGGUCAAGGGCAUGGAUGUAGUGCAUAUGAUUGAGAAUGUCAAGGUAUGGAAAGAGAAGCCAGUGGACGAUAUCAAGAUCGUGAAUAUCAGUGUAGAGUGACUACUUUCCAUCAAAGCCUUCUAUCAUCCUACAUGCCAGGCAGCUGUCGAAGAAGAUCGAUUGAUCUCGACAACACCACGACUGUAUGUACUAAUGCAUCAAACCAUAGAUCUUUCGCUACUGGAACACACCCAAGUACCAACAAUGGACGAACUCUUUCUCACACGAAGCGACCUCCCUGCCCGCUACACUUUUUUGACUCCUCGUUGGACAGCUCUGGCGCAUGUAAGCUAUAACGAAAUUGAUCAAAUCACUUAGGCAAGGCCAGAAAUAGACCCCGGAUGCAUACGGAAGGACACUGGGAUUGGCAUCGAGCAGGCAGGCAACUCAACAUAUCUUGCUGAGGAGAUUGUUGGCGGGUUCAGCCGGCAUGAUAAACGGGUAGCGAUGAUUCUGGGCCCAUUCUAUGCCAGCCAAUACAAGGAUCUGUGUAGUGACGAGUGCGCAAAGGCAGAGAUGUGAUGAAUAGUUAGCUUGUCCCCCCGAAGUCGAGAUGGUGGAAAGUGAGGACACAGUACCGCCCAUUGUCUCGCUCCAACGUAUAGGUAUGACAUGUAGCUAGUGCCACUGGCUGCAAUGUUCUUCAUCGACAUCUACUGCGAAUACCAAGACCAAUUCUACGCCAAGCAAAAACCACUUCCUCCGGCAUGCCACACAACCCAUCCACGCCCGCCAUGGGUUAUUCUCAAGCAUCGAUGUCCGACAACGCGCCUACUCCCAAACUGCCAGCCAUCAGGAUCACGCAUGCAAAGAUCGUCGAGCAGAGAAUGCGGGAUGAUCCAUUUUGGGGAAUGCCGCGAAAGCCGCAACAAGACUACAUCUGGAGUGCAGAAGACAUCAAGGCCCACAGCGACAACAAUGCAUGGAUCCGGAGCUUACGAAGCAACAUCUGUUGCGCUCAUCUCGCUCCCCGUGUCGCUUGCGCCUGCACCAC